CAGUGUGCCGGCCCUUGUUCAGCAAGUGGGUCACUUCUUAUGAGUUGUUCAAAAACAGGAUAACAUACAAUGUAUUAUUUCAAAGUCCAAGAUCAUUACAGGGGUGUAAUUUAUGGGCCAUUUAUUGUAUAUGAGAGAGUUUGGCUUCUGAUUUUGGAGUUCCUGUGUUCGACGUUUGUUGUUACAGUACUUGGUCAUACAGGUCUGAGUAUCGAUUUUAAUGUUGUCUCUGGAUUCUACUGUCCAGAAGGUUCAGAGAAGCCUGAAGUCUGCCGUGACAACUCUAUCACAGUUUUACCUGGAGCAGCCAAUAUCCAUGAUUGUCUGCCUUGUCCACCACAGCACUGGUGCACAAAAGUUGCACGUUUCCCUUCUACUGUCCUGCCAACAGCUCUGCCAUGCUGUCCUGUGAGGGGGGCUCUGUGCCUCUCAACACCAGUGGCCCCAGAGCCUCCCAGGAGAGCAGCUGUGGGCUGUGUGAGGCAGGGACCUACUGACCUACCGACCCCCACCCUCACUGUCUCACCUGCCCACCAGGGUACCGCUGCCCUCCAGGGACAGAGCACUACCACAGCAACCCCUGUCCCCUGGGCUACGUGUGUCCGCUGGGCUCAUCCAGUCCUGUCCCUUGCACCCCCUGAUUAUUUUGCUAAUCUCUCCAACGCUGAACACCUGGAGGACUCCUACCAAUGUCCACCUGAUACCGUCAACCAUCUGGAUGCCCAGAGAGCCUGUUCCUCUACUGCACCCCAAAGCCUGAUCCAACAGGCCUACUACACUAAGGGCCGGGAGUUUUUCCUGAUCACGUGACCAGACCGGGAACAAUUCCUUACCCCUUGUGUGUUUGUGUGUAUGUGUGCAUUUUUGUGUAACAUAAUUAGGGCCAUGUGUUUUGGACUAUCAUGUCACAUUAGCUAGAUUUUAAUAAUAAUAAUGAUAAUAAAAGUAACAAUAAUAAUGGUAACACUUUAUUUUACACGUUAACCACUAAUUAGUAGUUUAUAAGUUUGUAUAUAAGUAGCUUAAAGGCCUUUAUUAGGUCUUAUUAGUCAUAUAUUCAAACAUGAGUCAUGUAAUACUGGCUAAUCCUUAAUAACCGAAUUAUUAACUAUAAUAAAGGCAUAUUUAUAGAUAAUAAAGAGCAAGUGACACAAGAAACCGA